AUGAAUUUCUUGGUAUUAUCUUAUUUUGUUACAUUUAUACAUUGUAUUUGGCUAGAUACAAAUAAUGACACCACAAUUCGACUUGCAGCGAAUACAGUUGUCCAGGGAGUUUUAGAUUACUACGAAGGUGACAAAUACGGAGGUACCGUGGGUAUGUUUUCAUCUCCAUAUUAUUGGUGGGAAGCAGGAGCAGCAUUUGGAUCUUUAUUAGAUUACACAUUCUUUUUUGAGAAUGAUACAUUGGUUCCAUUAAUCAAAGAAGCCUUAGAAUAUCAAGCAGGAGAUGAUUUGAAUUAUAUUCCACUUAAUCAAAGUACCACUGAAGGUAAUGAUGAUCAAGGGUUUUGGGGUUUAACAGUCAUGGGAGCAGCAGAAAGAAAUUUCAGUAAUCCAAGUGAUCCUAAAAAAUCAUGGUUAGGUCUAGCACAAGCUGUUUUCAAUACAAUGUCAUCUAGAUGGGAUGACGAUCAAUGUGGAGGAGGAUUGAGAUGGCAAAUAUUUCAAUGGAAUACAGGUUAUGAUUAUAAAAACUCAGUUUCAAACGGUUGUUUAUUUAACCUUGCAGCUAGAUUAGCUAGAUACACAGCAAAUGAUACUUACGUAGAAUGGGCAGAAAGAGUAUUUGAUUGGAUGUAUGGUGUUGGAUUAUUAACUGAAAAUGAAUGGUGGUUUGUUUAUGAUGGGGUUAAAAUAAAUAACAAUUGUUCAAAUGUCACUAAAAAUGUAUGGAGUUAUAAUCAAGGUUUAUUAUUGAGUGGAUGUGCUUAUUUAUAUAAUUAUACAGAAGAUGAAAAAUGGUUAAAUUAUUCAAUGAAUUUUUUAAGAUCUGCUCAAGUAUUCUUUAAAAAUAUUAGUGGUAAUAUGGUAAUAUAUGAAGCCGCUUGUCAACCAUCAAAAAAUUGUAAUAAUGAUCAACGAUCUUUUAUAGCUAAUUUUGCAAGAUUCUUGGGAUUGACUUCAAAAUUGAUUCCCCAAACGGAAGAGACUAUUAAUGGAUGGAUAAAGAGCUCUGCUAAUGCUGCUGCUGGUUCUUGAAGUGGUGGGUAUGAUGGUGUGACUUGUGGUGAAGAUUGGACAAAUUGGAAUUCAACAGAUGAUAAUCCAUAUGGGGUUGGAAAUCACUAUGAUAACGUAUAUGGUAUGUUAACAAUUCAGAAGACGAAUAAAGAGGUAUUGAAAAACAGACUCUGAUUUUCAUUUCACAAUUGAAACACCGAUUAUACUAACAAUUAACAUGACUUGGUGAAGAACUAUCGGCGCUUGAGGUGAUGCAGAACGUUAUGACACCUAAAAGACCAGCUCCAUAUACUGCAAAUGAUGGAGGUUCUUCAAAAUCUCACCCUGGUAACGGAUAUCCAAAGAUAAAGCAAAAUACAAAGCCGUUAACACUAACAACUAAAGAUAAAGCAGGAGCUGCAAUAAUUACUUCAAUUAUUGGAUUAUCGAUUAUCGGUACUUUAAUAUGGCUAUUAAUAUAG